GGUUCCUCCAUUCGAAAAUUCACCACGUGGACACUUGGCACGGACAGCGAGCACAACUGCAAGCACCUCCCCAAGUUUCUGCAGCAGCGCAAGCAAAUGGAGCAACGUGUCAAGGUAAGUAGUAUCCCCAAAGACUCGAGCGGCCUGGGGUUGCGGAUGCGACAACCGGGAGGAACAGCGGCCCGCACAGAAAAGCGCUUCUCUUCGGCUGCCGUAGUGCCAGGAAAGAUGGUUC